AUGGCUUCUAAGCCAAGGGUUGCCUUCAUCGGGUUGGGGGCCAUGGGAAUGGGAAUGGCCCUACACUUGCUCGAAGACGGUUUCGCUGUGACCGGAUUCGAUGUCAAUCCCAUGGCCCUAGAGAAACUGCUCGCCAUGGGCGGUGCGGCCGCUUCUACUCCAAGGGAAUGCGUUCAAGGUGCGUCCGUUGUUAUCUGCAUGGUUGCGAAUUCAACGCAGACCGACGAUGCAUUUUUCGCCGAUACAACGGGCGCAGUGUUUGGCUUGACACAGAAAGCGAUUGUCAUAUUGUGCUCAACUGUUGCUCCAGGGUUUCCGGUGGAAAUUUUGGGCCGCAUCCACCAAGUCUUUCAAAGACCAGACAUACAGUUGUUAGAUUGUCCUGUGUCCGGCGGAACCAUACGUGCUGCUCGAGGAACGCUGACCAUUCUAUCAUCGGGCCCGACGGAUGUUUUGAAUACUGCUCAGCCAAUCUUAAAGUCAAUGAGCGAGAAUCUAUACGAGAUUGAGGGAGGGCUGGGCGCCGCGAACAAGGUCAAACUUGUCAACCAGCACCUUGCCGGUGUUCAUAUUGCUGUCUCUGCAGAGGCAAUGGGGCUAGCUGCAACCUUGGGAGUGAACACAAAGGAAUUCUAUGAGACUGUUCUAAAAGGCCCAGCGUGUAGUUGGAUGUUUGAGAAUCGAGUACCUCAUAUGCUCUCCAACGACUGGACACCUCACUCUGCUAUCAGUAUCUUUGUUAAGGAUAUGCGAAUUGUGACCUCGGAAGGCCUCCUUCAGGACUUCCCUCUUUAUAUUGCGUCUGCGACAGAACGACUUUAUCAAUAUGCCGCGCGGAUGGGAUAUGAAAAAGACGACGAUGCGAGUCUUGUUCGAAUUUUUCUAGCACAAACUCCAUCUCUGGUUUCGGAAGCAACAUAUUGCCAGAAUCCUGAUAAUGCGCGCGCAUCUGAAUUGAUAUGCCAGUUACUGGAGACUGUCCACUCCUUAGCAGCGGUUGAAGCUCUGGCCCUCGGAAAGAAACUCGGCAUUUCGACCAACACCCUCACCUCAAUUAUCUCAAAUGCCGCUGGUGCUAGCGAGUCCUUCAAAAAGGUUGCCUCAACGAUUUUGGCUGGCGAUCUAUCAUCUGGAUACACCAUCACACAGACACGGAACAAGCUGAAAGAAGUGAUGACCCUCGCCCAAAUACAUAAUUAUCCUCUUCAACUCACAGCUACUACAUUCCAGCUAUUACAACAGGCUGUGACCUAUGGCCUGGGCGGGGAAGGUCAAGCAGCGCUCCUCAAGUUAUGGACAACAUCAAAUCUUUCUGUCGAACCCUUGCAUAUCACCGAAUACGACCCAGUUCCCCUCUCGGAGUUAUACACAAAAUUGCCUAAACUUGAGCACAAUGUUGAAAAUCUCCUAUGCAGUAUUCAAGAUCAUUUACGGGCUGAGCAGGACUUCAAGCUCGUUGUUCUUGAUGAUGACCCAACAGGAACGCAGACGUGCCACGAUAUUAAUGUCCUCACCAUGUGGGAUGUCGAUCUUCUGGCCUCAGAGUUCCGGUCAGAGAGCGGAGGCUUUUUCAUUUUGACCAACAGUCGCGCGUUGCCUCCCAACGAAGCUCGCGCGCUAGUCAGUGAAAUACUGCGAAACGUUUCCCGGGCGGCUGAUAUGACUGGUAAAAAGUUCGAAGUUGUCCUUCGGGGAGACUCUACAUUGCGUGGUCAUUUCCUGGAAGAAGUCGAAUCGCUUAUUGAUACGAUUAGCUCUCCCGAUGCAUGGGUUCUCGCACCGUUCUUUGGACAAGGUGUUCGCUAUACCAUCGACGACGUACAAUAUGUGGGUGACCGAGAUACCCUGAUCCCAGCCGCGAAGACUCCAUUUGCCAAGGAUAGAACCUUUGGAUACAGAUCCUCAAAUCUCAGAGAGUGGGUUCGUGAAAAAGCAGGAUCGCGAUUUUCCAGCAAAGAUAUAAUGUCUGUCACACUGGAGGAUAUCAGACUCGGAGGAAUUUCCGCAAUCGAACAAAAGUUGCUUCUAGUGCCUAAAGGUGGAAUACUGAUCGUUAACGCAGUCCAAACGGAGGAUAUGCUUAUGUUCAGCCUGGCGUUAUUGGAAGUCCGCAGAAAGCACAAACUCCGUUUUGCCUAUCGAACGGGGGCGACCUUCGUAUCUAGUCGCCUUGGGAUCCCAGAAAAACCAGUCAUUUUACCGAGACAGAUACCAACGUUCAAACCCGUGAGACGUACCGGAGGACUAAUUAUAGCGGGCUCUUAUGUUCCCAAGUCCACCAAGCAAGUUCAAUCAUUGAUCCAAAGAUCAGGGGGCAAUUUAACAACUCUCACUGUGGAUGUGCCAGCCCUAUUUAUCGAGCGCCAGAAAUAUCCCGACAUCCCCACAAUGCUUCGUUAUUCACCCGUGUUGCAAGACAUUGUUGCAUGUGCGUCUGGGGACCUCCAAGAUGGCAAGGACGUGCUGGUGAUGACCAGCCGAGACCUUGUGUCGCUGGAUUCUGUCAAUUCUUGGGGGUCGGAAACUUCAGGAAAAAUAACGAACUUGGACAUCAACAACUUGGCCGCGAAUGCCUUGGUACACAUUGUCCGCCACUUGAGCGUUUGCCCUCGUUACCUGCUAGCGAAGGGAGGCGUGACAUCAUCUGAUGCAGCGACAGCUGGUAUAGCCAUAAAGCGCGCAACAGUGCUGGGCCAGGCGGCGCCUGGGGUUCCCGUUUGGUGGUGCCAGAAGGAGGAAGAUUUCAAGAGUCAAGAACAAGGAGGCCGGAAGGUCAAAUGGACUGACCUACCAUUGAUCAUUUUUCCAGGCAAUGUUGGAGACGAAGAUAGCUUGGCUGAUAUAGUUGGGCAGUGGAUAUUACGAUAG